CAUGAAGAUCAAACGACAGAAACAAGCCAAGAAAACGAUUAGCUUCUACAAAUAUAACUUCAAUUUCAGGGAACCUUUUCAGAUUCUCAUCGAUGGGACUUUUUGUCAGGCGGCGUUGAAGAAUAAAAUUCAAAUUAAAGAGCAAAUGCCGAAAUAUCUCAUGGGUGAGGUGCAGCUGUGUACCACAAACUGCGCCCUGAAGGAACUCGACUCUCUAGGAAAGGAGCUUUACGGAGCUAAAAUUAUACUGCAGAGGUUCCAGCUGAGGAAAUGUGCUCACUUCAAGGACCCCGUCCCCGCCUCAGAGUGCCUGCUGUCCAUGCUGGAGGACUCGAACCCGCACCAUUACUUUGUUGCCACGCAGGAUCAUGCGGUGACUGCAGGCCUGAAGAAGAUUCCAGGUGUUCCUCUGCUCUACAUCAUCCUCAACACCAUUGUGCUGGAUAAGCCCAGCCAGGCGUCCCUCAGUCACGUCCAGGCAGUCCAGCUGGGAGAGCUGGUGACCCCCGCUGAGCAGAAGAGCAUCCACAGCAUGAAACAGGAGCAGGGCAUCAGCAGCAAAGACGGAGAGAGGCGGGGCAGGAAGAGGAAGAGGAAGCAGAGCAACCCCAACCCUCUGAGCUGCCUCAAGAAGAAGAAGAAAGGAGUGCCCACACCGCCUCUGAAAAAAACCGAACCGGGGGAGAAGAGGAAAAGAAACAGACACAAGAAGCGGAGGACGGCGGGGGACCAAACAGCCACUCCAGCAGGGACGAAUGAUUCAUGAAAGACAGAAACGAGCCUCAGAAGAUGCUGAUAUUCUCCAACAAUUAAGAACAAAAGAUUUUUAUUAGAGUAGUUUCUCAAAUUUCUGAAAAGAAGGACUCAACAUCAGUUAUUUGUUUUAUCCUCAUAAGUUCAACAGUUUUUGAAAAGGUGUGGUUUCUCUUUGCUCUUCAAAGUUAAGAGGCAUGUAUUUCAAAAUAAAAGCUGCCUUCAGUUCAUUAGAGAAUCAAUUAUCUCAACUCUGGAUGCACACGAAGAUGUGGACACUGAACUACCCCCCCCA